AUGAAUAUCUCCAUCCAGAUGUCAUCUUCAGACAGCUACCAUCCUGAGUCUAUACUUAUCCCAGUACUCUACUCCCUUAUUUUUCUCGUGGGGACAGUGGGCAACAGCUUGGUAUUGGCUGUACUAUUAAGAAAUGGCAAGAUUAAUAACACCACCAACCUAUUCAUCCUUAAUCUUGGAGUUGCAGAUCUGUGCUUUAUCAUUUUUUGUGUGCCUUUCCAAGCCACCAUUUAUACCCUGGACAGCUGGGUCUUUGGCCCCUUUAUGUGCAAAGCUGUGCAUUUCUUCAUAUACCUGACUAUGUAUGCCUCCAGCUUCACCUUGACCACAGUGUCCUUGGACAGGUAUCUGGCUAUACGUUACCCCCUUCGCUCCAGGGAGCUUCGAACACCAAAGAAUGCAUUAAUGGCCAUCACGCUAAUUUGGACCUUAUCGUUGAUAUUUUCAGGCCCUUAUCUCAGCUACUACCAGGAGUUUCAGCUGGCUAACCUAACAGUUUGUCAUCCAGUAUGGCAGAUUUCCCGUCGUAAGACCAUGGACCUUUGCACCUUCAUCUUCAGCUACGUCAUCCCUGUGCUUAUCCUUGGUCUUACCUACGCUCGUACAAUCCGCUACCUGUGGACUUCUGUCAACCCCAUUGAUGACAUGUCAGAGUCAAAGAGGGCCAAGAGGAGGGUGACCCGUAUGAUCAUCAUUGUGGCUGUCUUGUUCUGCUUGUGCUGGCUGCCCCACCACUUAGUCAUACUUUGUGUCUGGUUUGGGUACUUCCCCCUCAACAACUUCACUUACGCCCUACGCAUUCUCUCCCACCUGGUAUCCUAUGCUAACUCCUGCGUCAAUCCUGUAGUGUACGCUUUGGUCUCCAAGCACUUUCGUAAGGGUUUCCGCAAAAUAUUCCGCUGUCUACUAUUUCGACAAAGGCCGGCUAACAAGGUUCACAUGGUUCCUGCUGCCCAUGCUGGGGUCAGCACGCUGGAGGGAGCAUGCACAGAGGUGACCCAGCUCAGUGAAGGUCACGUGCAUUGUUCUGCUUGCUGCCAUGACCCUGUCAGUCCUUGGAAGGAGACCGAGAGAAUUGGGGAUAAAGCAGCCCAGUCUUUUAUCACGUUCAAUGUCACAUAGUAGUGAUAGGUAUGCAGAAUUACAAGGCUGUAAUAAUCAAACAUUCCUAAUACGUUGUUUUGAGACAUAGGCUCUGGUACGGACAAUGCCUUGGUUUAGAUUUCUAAAUAUUUAGAAAUGGAACACCAGCAAUCACUAUAUCUACAUAUGCAGAAAGCCUUGACAUGGUGACACUUGUAUGAUGAAUAUUAAAAGGAACAGUAUCAGGAUCAACAUAGCCUCGCACAAUAUAUCCUUUCACUAGUUACCAAAAUAAAGCAGGUCUUUUCAUCCAUGUUCAUGUAACCAGUCACUGAA